AUGCCGUUGGACUUUCCGGAUAUUCAACUGCAUGUCAAGAUACUUCUUCUCAGAUAUCGAGGCAAGUAUGAUUUUCAAAUUCGGGAUGUCUUUCUCGGCAAUAAUCACCGAGAACGCAUCCCAAUUCAUCACCUCAAAGAACGGGGGAACAAAGUUAUCAGAGAUUAUAACCGGAACACACUCGUAAAAUAUAGCCUCAACUAUUCUCGGACUGUUGACUUCAUAGCCCUUUGGGCAGAUGCAGUAUCUGCUGCUUUUCAUAAGCUGUAUGUAGUUCAUCUUGCUGGCAACGCCAGCUGGCAUUCGGCCCAGCAUUUUCAUAUCUGGCUCCUUGUUCUCCCAGUGUUCGAGCAAGAUUGGGUGGAGGUAGCCGUGCAUGCUUCCUGCGUAAAAUGCGAGUGUUUGUCUCUGAGAAGAGAUGGAGAGGGAGAUGUGCAAGUGAUGCAAUACCCAGUCAUGACAGGCAACAAGAAAAUGAUCUGCUCCGCCAGUUCUGUUCCAGAAUCGCUUACUAAUCAUACUCUCAACGAGACCAAAGUUCUGAGGCAGCAAGAAGAAGAGACGAUAGGAUUUCCUGGUCACGCUCUGAAGACCAUCUCGGUCUCUACAAUCAAAUCACAAAAAUAA